UUUCCCUGCUUCCAUUGAGAGCUGGGAGAAACGGAGCACAGAGGCCCUGUGAUGGCAGCUGAGCUGGAGAGUCGUUGCCAGCUGGGAUUCCAGGCUGCAGCUCCGCACGACCAGGCCGAGUUGUCCCAGGUGAAGGUGGAACUGGAAGAGACCCCAGCCCCUGACUCUGGAAAGGGCCCAGCUGGAGACCAUCGGACAUGGGCAACGUGGAUGGCUCCGACAUGGGCCAGUACUGAAACACAGGAGGGGCUGCCUCAGCACUGGGCGGUCCAGUGGCUAGAGGAGCUAAAGGCCUCCCAAGCCUUCUCAGGAGAUGGACAGAAUCCCCCUCUGAAGAGUCCUCAGCUGCCCCAGUUAUCUCCUGGUGCCGACAUUGAGAUCUACCUGGCUACCUUUGAGCGAGUGGCCAUGGCCUGCAGGUGGCCCAAAGUGGAGUGGGUGACCCGACUCGUGCCGUUGCUUAGCAGAGAUGCCCAGCAGGCUUACAACAGCCUCGAUCCCAGAGAUGCCGGGGACUAUGUGAGGGUGAAGGCUGCCAUCUUGCGGGGGGACGCCGUGAGCGCGGAGACGAGGCGUCGGCGCUUUCGGCAGUUCCGCUAUCACGAGGCGGAAGGCCCCCGCGAGGCCUGUAGCCUCCUUUGGGAGCUUGGCCGCUGUUGGCUGAAGCCGGAGAGCCGCACCAAGGAGCAGAUUCUGGAGCUCCUGGUUCUGGAGCAGUUCCUGACGGUCUUGCCAGAGGAAAUGCAGAGAUGGGUGUGGGAGUGUCAUCCGGAAACCUGCGCUCAAGCUGUGGCCCUGGCGGAGGAGUUCCAAGAGGGACAGCUGAAGGCUAAGGCCUGGGAAGGCCAGGUCACGAUGUCCGUGAAGGUUGAGAGAGUGACCUCGGAGACGAUGCAGCCAUGCACCUUGUGGGAGUAUUCCAGCUCCCAACCUAGUCCUGAUGGCACCUCCCAAGAGGAAGAAGGCCAGAGCGAGUAUGACUUACCUGGAGUUCCCAGAAAGGAGCCAUGUGACCUACAAGAAACAGCAACGGAGGCUUUGAGAGCUGCAUCCCGCCGGAAGCAACGUGCGGUCAACUGGGGAGAGAAGGAGACCCGAGCUUUCCUGAGCAUCUGGGGACACGCACGUGUCCAGAAGAUGCUGCAACACCAGUAUCGGAAUGAGGAGGUGUAUAAGAAGAUUGCGGCACAAAUGGCAGCCCUGGGAUACGACCGUGAUUGGGAGCAGUGCCGCCAACGUGCGAAAGACCUUCGCCGGGGUUACAAGGACAUCAAGGACCAGAACCGACGCUCUGGGCGCGGCCGACAGGUGUGGCAGUAUUUUGAGGAGUUGGACGCGAUACUCGGGCCACUCUUUGAACUGGGCAACGGGUAUGAUGGAUUGGAUGGAGCAGAUGAUUUGGUGGGGGACACGGACGCCGGAGGGACCACAGAGCCUGACUCGGGCAGCUCCGCUGAGUCAGAGCAGAGCGGCAUUUGGGCGGUGGGUCUCCAAGAGGGGAUGGAUAACAGCCUGGCCACCUUCCAGCGGGCUGCCAACUGGGGGGAGAAAGAGACGCGAGAUUUCCUCGGCAUUUGGGGGUGCAAGCAUGUCCAGAGACAACUCCAUCAGCAGCACUGGAAUGAGGACGUCUACAAAGAGGUGUCAGCGGAGAUGGCGGCCCUGGGCUACGGCAGGGAUUGGGAGCAGUGUCGCCAGCGUGCCAAGGACCUCCGCCGUGGCUACAAGGACAUCAAGGACCACAACAGGCGUUCCGCUCGUGGGCGGAAGGUCUGGCAGUACUUUGAGGAGCUGGAUGUGAUCCUGGGGCAGGGGGCAAAUGCCGAGGCCCGGUGUGACCUGGGUGGUGUGCAGAGCUGUGGAGAGGAUUCUACAGACGGGGGGCUAUCCACGCAGAAUGUGAGCCCCGUGGAGGUCCAGGACUGUGAUCAGAUUGAUAUGACAUCGGGGUCUAGUGAGGAGGUGGAGGAUAGCCACGUGCCCUGCCAACGGGCUGCUAAAUGGGGGGAGAAAGAGACACGGGACUUUCUGGGCAUUUGGGGUCAGGACUGUACCCAGAGCUUACUCCAUCACCAGCACAGGAAUGAGGAGGUCUAUAAGAAAAUAGCAGCGGACAUGGCCAUCCUGGGGUAUGAGCGUGACUGGGAGCAGUGCCGCCAGCGGGCUAAAGAUCUCCGGCGUGGCUACCGGGAGGCUAAGGAGCACCACCGGUACUCUGGUCGUGGGCGGCAAAUGUGGCACUACUUUGAGGAGUUGGACGUGAUACUCAGGCGGUGGUAUGAAAUGCGUAGUGGGCACACGGAGGAAGAAAUGGCUCUAGAAGGUACUUACGUGGGCAUGUGUGCCCAUGGAUCUCCAGAGCACCACCACGGUCGGUCCCAAACGUGGACCGGUAGCCCUGCUGAGGCAUUGAAUUCUCUGGACUCUGAGGCAUUGCAGCCAAAUGGGACUGUGGACAGUAGCCAAACAGAGCCCGUGGUUAGCCAAGCUCCUGGACAGCGGGCCGCCAGGUGGGGGGAAAGGGAGACCCGUGACUUCUUGAGCAUUUGGGGACACGAGAGCGUCCAGAGCCAGCUCCAUCAACAGUACCGUAAUGAGGAGGUGUACAAACAGAUAGCGGUGCAAAUGGCAGCGCUCGGUUAUGACCGGGACUGGGAGCAAUGCCGCCAGCGUGCCAAGGACCUCCGGCGUGGCUACCGGGAUGCCAAAGACCAGAACCGGCGCUAUGGCCGCGGCCGGCAGGUGUGGCAAUACUUUGAGGAGCUGGAUGCCAUCUUGGGACGUUGGGGUGAAAAAGGCAGUGGGCCCAACGAGGGAGAAAAGGCAGGGAGCGACACUGCCUUGGAACUCUGUGCCAGGGGAUCGGUGUCGCCCAGUGUGUUGCCCUGUUCUCCCGCACUGGUCCUGGGAGAAACCCGGAGGCAGAGGCCUGCUAAGGUUGGGAAAAUACAACUGCCUGAGGACGAGGCAACCAAGUCAGACAGCCCUAAGCGACUGGCUCCAGGCAUCUCUUCAAGUUGGACUACACCUGGCAGUGGCCAGUUACAAACUCCCUGCAGCCGUGGCAAGAGGUCCCAGGGAGAAGACAUCCGGGAGCUGAUGGUGGAGACCAAGCGACGUGUGGUCCUGUGAAUGGGUUCCAGAGGAGGGAACUUUGUUUAGAGAGAAGAUGGAGUGGCAGUGGUGGGCAGUUGUUAACACAUUCAGCAGUUGCCUGAAGAUGGGGUUGGAUGGAGUAGAGAGAGAGAGGAAUGGCUGAAGAGGAACAACCCAAAGGAGGAGUUUUGGAGGUUAGGCUGAAAAGUCCUGAACCACCUCUAGGGCUUCUGGUUAACGAGCAAAAAUAAGCCCGUGCAAGAGGCUUGGUGCUACGUUUAUAAGGAGAACUGCAUGUACUUUGUGCUUAAAAUAAAUUGAGAUUCUACACUAAGGUAAACUGAAUUCUGCAACCCCAAAAAGCAGAAUUCUGCAAUCUAUAAAUUACACAAAUAAGCACAUUUGCACAGUAUCUAACUUUGCAUAACUUAUUUUCCAGUUUUUUCUACUUUGCAUAAUUUGUUCUCCUUGAGUUUUGGGUGGAGGCAAGGAGUGCUGAGAACCUGCCUUCUAACCAUUGGAAGUCUUACUUCGCUAGUUCAUUAGGUAUUGGGGUUGGAUUCAGAUUUAUGCUGGAUCAAUUGCAUUGGUGGAAGUGGACGUCGUCGCCCCCUUCUUUCUGCAGCAGCCCCUCCAGCCCUCUGAAAAUGCUACACAGAAUCAGGGACCCUGCUUAAUGGGCGAAGGAAAUCUCCCAAAAUUAGACAGAGGGGCCUUUCACAAGCGGAGCCGUUAUUCUUGUGGAAGGCAGAUCCUGAAUCCGACCCUUAAGAUGGCUAGCAAUUUGCUUUAAAGAAAAGCAAGCAAGUUGAGAUUCUCUGGCACCUGGGGUCACAUUGCCAUAUUCUGUGGCUUUUUAGCGUGUGGGCAGAAUUGCGGCGUACACACCACCCUGGUUGCAAGAGGAAUUGUUUAUGUUACAUCGUUCGUUUUAGUCCUCCUAUAUAUUUUCCCGUUUUCGAGUUACAGGCAGAGGCAGGCAACUUGUAGACCAAAACAUCCAGAGAGUCACGCCCCCUCCCAUCCCCAACCACGAGGGAUUUUGGGAGUUGUAGGCCACAACAUCUGGAAGGCCAAAUGUUGCCUGACCCUGCACUACAGCUACCUCUUUUGUCAAUGCCACAAUAGGUCACUCUUGCUGCUUUCUGCACCACACUGCAGCCUCUUGUCUGAGCUGCUCUUAAGCAGUAACAACCUUUAGGGGCUGAUCCUUUCAGGAUGUUUUAGAAUUUGUUUUGUUAAUUCAACUUUUUAAAAAUAAAUAAUUUUAUUGUAAAACAAAA